AUGCGGACCUCCAGCGUACUUCUCCUCGCCGUGGCGGCGCUGGCGCUGGUCGCUGGCGCCACCUCGGCUGACAUUGCUGCUUCGUCCACGGCCGGCAAGACCUACAAGGGGUACACCUUCGCCACCGAUACAGCGCCCUACCUGAACAUUUCCCGGGAUAUCUGCCUCAUCAAGAAGGUCCUCAACACCAAGCAGCCCGACUACACAUUUGCCAAGGGGAUCUACAUGGAUGGCUACUACGGGAAGCUGGCCUCCAAGGACGGCGGCCUCAUCGCCAUGCGCCGCAUGGCCACUGACGUCAAGACCAACGAGCCCCUGUGGACCCAGUACCAGAAGCACUUCAACAACCCCGUGUGGCUGGAUGACCUCCUGGUGCGCGCGUUCGGCAAGGUGCCCCCUUAUGACAGCGACAAGGCCCGCGUGCAGCUGAUCGUCAAGACCCUGGAGAGCAGCCUGCAGGUCUCUUACCUCUUCCACGAGCUGGACCAGGCUAUCAAUGAGGUCCAGGCCAAGAAGGCGAACGCCUCCCUGGAUGUUGACCCCGUCUACCGCGUUGACAAGGCCUGGGCCAUCUUCGUGGGCGCCGACACCGACUGCGGCCU